AUGCUGACAGGACUCGGCAAUAGCACAAAGACAUGGCCAAAAAAGGCCAAAGCCAGCCUACCCACUGGAGACACUCUCACCAGCGAGGAGAGGGUGCCGAACGAUAACUCUGUGACGGCGUCAUCACCAGCUGUGCCAAAGGAGGAAGACACCUUGCUCAGUGAUAAACCGGAUGAACCGAAUAAUGGUGUUGAACUUGUGUUGACGGACUCGGAGGUUGAAGAAGAAAGUGCCAAGGAUGAACUUAGGGAAGCGGAGAAAGCAAAUAUCCACUGGUCAACUCUAGGGGGAAUGCGCAAAGCACGUGAUAAGGCGAAAGCGCGGGAACAAAGGCGCUAUAGGCGCGCGAAGCGCGGGAAAGUCGCGCGUCGAAAAGCGGAACUGGGUGAAAGCGGUAUGCGAGCGAUAGUGAGAUGGUAA